GAGGCUGCCAUAGAUCCAUAAAUGGGUCAUCGAGUCUUGACCUUCCGGGUAAGUUCCACUUUACGAUUCUUGACCUUUUCAGCAGUGUCUUCUAGAAUAUACUGUCAGAGUUCACUCCGCCUGUUCCCGACACUGCACCAUGUAGUCAUCUGCAGCAGUAAAAAGCAGCCCCAUACCGAAGAAAACGGCAGCACCAAUCAGCCCACACUUUUCAUAGCCCAGGAGCUUGCAGACUGACCAUACAAGACCACUACAGCUCACUUGAUAGGCGAUUCGAGUAACAGUCACUAUGUCUACUGCUGGACAUACUGCAGAUGAGCCUGCUAAAUACUUGGGAUGCUCCUUGAUGAUUCAUAGCACAGGUUUGAUUUGGCAGCUUCUCCGCACGACGUAAGAGAGGUAGUCUCGGAGGCGUUCUCCAUGAUGGAUGAUGACGAUAACUCUAUCUUUAUUGCGAUCUCGGGCGUGUGAGUAGGUUGAACUAUAGGUUUGUAAAGGUCAGGUGCAGAUACAUUGUAGGCAGCAGUGCCAUUCAUGGAUUCUAAACCAUGUCCACCUCAUACUAUUGUUACUGCGUAUUCUGCACUUUGCUUUUAUGUCCCUUGAACAAUGUUUGUAUGGCCCUGGUAGGUAGAAAAGCAGGCGUGUUUCUUGUGAAAUGGUGGUAACACUGCAGUUGAUCGUGUUGCGAAAUGCGGCUUGGUGGUGUUUUGAAAAUCCAUGUCGGACUACUGAAGUGAGAUCAGAGGGGAUGGUAGU